UUGCGAUGUCCAGGUCACAUGCCCUGGUACACAACCGACCCCUGCUUUAGCAGGGGCUAAGCGACCAGGACCCAUCGGAGGCAGCGUCGCGCAAGCCCCGCCCACAGGCCCGGGCCUCAGCUCUGCAGGCCCCACCCCCCGUCCAGUGUGCCAAGCGUGGCGGGCGGAAGUUGGCGUAGCGGGAGCGGCUGGCUGUAGGCGGGACUUCCGGAGGGCUGUUGCAUCUUCCGGUCGAGCGGUAGGGUUUCGGGCGGCCUCCGGACAUGAAGCCGCCUGGCCCUGGAGGCUGACUGUUCUGUGACUGCCCACCAUGCGGAUGCUCCUCCCCAUCUUCCCUGUGCUUGGGCUUGCUCUGAUUUGGGGUUCUGUUCGUGCUACCUUGUCAAAGUCAGAUGCCAAAAAGGCUGCCUCAAAGACACUGCUGGAGAAGACACAGCUUUCAGAUAAGCCUGUCCAAGAGCGUGGUCUGGUGGUGACAGACCUCAAAGCAGAAGAUGUGGUUCUUGAACAUCGCAGCUACUGCUCCUCGAAGGCACGGGAGAGGAAUUUGGCUGGGGAUGUCCUGGGCUACAUCACACCCUGGAACAGCCAUGGCUAUGACAUGGCCAAGGUCUUUGGGAGCAAAUUCACACAGAUCUCACCCGUCUGGCUACAGCUGAAGAGGCGUGGCCGGGAGAUGUUCGAGAUCACAGGCCUCCAUGACGUGGACCAAGGUUGGAUGCGAGCUGUGAGGAAACAUGCCAAGAAUCUGCACAUUGUGCCUCGUCUUCUAUUUGAGGACUGGACUUACGAUGAUUUCCGGAACGUCUUGGACAGUGAGGAUGAGAUAGAAGAGCUCAGCAAGACUGUGGUUCAGGUGGCAAAGAACCAGCACUUUGAUGGCUUUGUGGUAGAGGUAUGGAGCCAACUGCUGAGCCAGAAGCAUGUGGGCCUCGUCCACAUGCUCACCCAUGUGGCUGAAGCGCUGCACCAGGCCCGGCUGCUGGUCAUCCUGGUCAUCCCUCCCGCUGUCACUCCAGGGCCUGGCCCCAAUGCACCACUCUCUUGGGUUCGAGCCUGUGUCCAGGUCCUGGACCCCAAGUCCAGGUGGCGAAGCAAGAUUCUUCUGGGGCUGAACUUCUAUGGCAUGGACUAUGCAGCCUCCAAGGAAGCCCGUGAGCCUAUCAUUGGGACUAGGUAUAUCCAGCUGCUGAAGGACCACAGGCCUCGAAUGGUGUGGGAUGGCCAGGCUGCAGAGCACUUUUUCGAAUACAAAAAUCCCUGCAGGUGCAUCUGGAGCUGGCCAAGGAGCUGGGCGUCGGAGUCUCCAUCUGGGAGUUGGGCCAGGGUCUGGACUACUUCUAUGACCUCCUCUAGCUGUGCCACCAAAUUGAUGUGGACUGUUGGCCAAGCCCAUGAAAUAAAAGCCUCAUUGUGUGCUGUGACUUCUGCUGUGGUCCUGGGGAGCCAUACAGCAGAGGGUGCUGUCCUGGCCACCAGCCAUGGAGACAACCUGGGUUGGGUCCCUCACAUGGCCCACCCCUUGGCCCUGCCCAACUCUGCUCAGUGGCCAGUGCAGAUGUAGGGAGGGCAGUGGCAGACCACAGGCCAUACUGGGAUGGGCAUCAUGAGCAGGUGCAGGUACCAGGGGCUGUGCCCACCCCACCUGCCUGCUCCCUCUCUAGUAGUCAGUCCCUGAUCCUGCUGGCUCAGGUGGAGGGACCUCUGUCUAUCUCCAAGCGAGACAGGAUCCUGUCUCUUGCCCCGAGCCAUGUAGCUGGGGAUCCUGAGGGGCAGAUUAGGGGGCCAGCCUCACUUGGACAAGCUGGCAGCUGGUCUCUCUGCUCACUGUAGUCAAGCUACCACUAGCUGUAUCCUACCCUAACCAAAAGGGGACCCUGUAGCCACCAUUCAAGCCAAGACCUUGGGGUGAUAGGCUGUGUUCACAGGAGGACCCUGGGCUGGGCCAGACAGACAGCACUCCCACAGACAGCACUCCAGCCCCACCUUACCUGGUCAGUUAUGUGUGUGGUGUGUGUUAAGUGGUCAGUUAAGUGUGUGGUGGUGGCUAGAUGCAGGUUCAGCCCCACACUGGCCUCAUGGGAGCCUAGAGCCUGGAGUACCCACACUCCUGUGUACGUGGCAGGUGCCAGAUACAACUCUCAACUCUGUGAGGGGACGGGGUAGCCAGUUCCAGUUCUGAACCAGCAAGGUCAGGGGUAUCAAGUUGACAAGGAUGGCGUGGUCAGUCCAGAUGCCUGUGGUGUGAACCAGGAGCUAUCAGGCCAGCAACUCCAGAGCCAGAAACUGACCCAGGCCCAUUUAGGGGCAGCCACCUGCAGGACAGAGGUCACAUAGUGGACCUCAGAAGAGGCUGGUGGGCAGGGAGGGCCUUUCCCUAAGCUGCCCUAGCUUUGUUCUUGGGGUCUCCCCACCCACGUGACUUGCUUGGCUCAAGCUGCAUCCACACCACUGACUCCGUGGGUUCCGAGAACACAGAACAUGAGACUCGUGCCCAGAGCCAGGGUCUAUUCCUCCCCCCGGUGCUGGGCACUGUGUCCUGUGGUGACAGGAGGGGUUAAGGCCCCAGAGGCUGCCCAUGAAAGCAGUGGUGCCAUCUGGAGACCUGUGUGCCCCACCCAAGCCCCAGAUGGUCACCACUCAGCCCCCUGGCACAUGGCAACUGGCCCUGGGUAGCCUGAGGCACAUGGGCCUGUCUUUAACCCUCACCUACGACGAGGGCACUACUUCCAUAGACUAAGGAAGAGGCUAGAAGUGAAGGCACCAGCAGAAGGAGCAGGGUAGGUGCCCUAGAUCCCAGCAUGGGUGAAUGAGGGGCACCCUUGCACACAGCUGAGAUGGUGCUGCUCAAGCACUUUAUUAAAUGCACCUGGAGCCGCAGCUCUCAUGGAAUGUGAUGACAGCCUGGCCCAUAAGCACCAGGACCGGCAGACUCAGGUGAUGAGAUUGGCCCUGUGUCCCUGUGCUGGAGAGCACAUGGGUCCAAAACACUCGGAGGUCUUCCGUCUCCAGUCGACCCCUCCAUCCGGUCCUGAGACCCCACAGCUGCCUGCGCUGAGGUGCCAGCACCUGCCACACCUGGCGGAGCACCGAGUCCUGGCUGGGAUAGGGGCUCGGCUGUGGCAUCCCCUGCCCAGUGGCACCCCAUGGUCUAGGCACCGUAGGUGUCUGCCCUUACCACCUGGCAGUACAUGGUCAUGGCAAAGGUCAGGCCCAGAAUCUGUGGGUACAGGAAGGGCUGGGCAGGGAUGUUUCAGCACCUGUGGGUAUCCCCACCCACCACAGGCCUGGACCCCAAGGCAGUGUCCUCCUCCCUGCCACCCCACCUAUCCUGGCUAUGGCCUGAGUGUCAGGACUGACCUAUUUGCCCUGGUCCUCCCUGGUGCUAGGGAGAACAGUGCAUGCACUGAGGCCAGACUGCCCCCAGCCCUCCCCAAGGGCGCAGGGCUCUGCAGCUUGGGGUGCUGGAGGUCUCCACCUCUCCCAGCCUGUGCUCACCCCCAUCCUGUCACAAGGAUGUCCCUGGGCCUGAGCACCACACACCUGCACCAGUGCCGUGCACAGCCCAAACACACCCACAGCCAGCAGGUUCUCCUGGAGCCAGGCCUUCACCGUCUCAUAGCAGGGCUGUAGAGAAGCAGAGUCAGUGGCUGCCUGCCUCCCACCACUGGAACCCCUUGCUGGGUUACACUCACCGCCUUCCACCAGGUGCCAGGCGCGUGCAGCCCACAGCCAUCGCUGAACUCCAGACAGCAGGAGUCAGGCACACGUGUGGCAUUGUACACCUCAAACCAGUCUGUGUAGUUGGAGACACCGCAGCAGCGGAACUGGGGAAAGGAAGGUCGGCUGAGGUGGGAGAGCCAGCCUGGGCAGUCUUGACCCCGCCCCAGGGCAUCCUCUGUCUCACAUCGGUCUGGAUGAUGCUCCAGGCGUUGGUGAGCCCCACAUUGCCUGGCGUGCCAUACAGGUGCAGGCCCUUCUUCAGGUCUUCUUGGGCAUACCUGUCAAUCUGGGGGUGCAGUGGGGUCAGCAGGGCAGGUAGCUACCUCCACCUGAAACUCCAAAGCCCUUCUGCUCCCCAGUCAGUCUUUGUGUCACUGCUGCUAAGGGUACCCCUCCUUCCCAGGCUUUGUGCACUCACAGAAGCCUCCAGGACCUGGGGUAGCCCCCAGGCUGGGAAGGGAUUCUGAGGUGCAGGCCACAGGUGGAGCAGAUUCACCUGCACACAUCUUGGGGCUCAAACUCCCCCGGGAAGUGGCUGGCUCCAAAGCCAGGCAGGGUGUGGCCACCUGGAGCUGCCUGCCAUGCCCCAGUACAUGAAGGGUCUGCAAAGCUACAGUGCACAGCGUGCUGGGACUUGAGCACCUGCCUGUGUCAACAAGCCUGUCCCGUGGAAAUAGGUGUCGAGUAAGGGCGGGCAGCAGGUUCUGCUCUCAGAACUGCUCAAAUGGUGGCCACAGCUGUCAUCCCCACCUUGGGAGCCAGGCUCCCAAGGGGCUGCUGUCCACCUGCCCUGUCCCCACCCAGGCCAUGUGCCCCGUCCAAACCUUGUCUGUGUAGGCGAAGAAGAGCACGGCGAUGGUGGUCUCCAGCAGGAGCACCAGCAGCAGCAGCACGAAGAACUGUGGGAGGUUGGGCUGGCCUCAGGGACCGCCAGCGUGCCUGGCAUCCCACACCUUCAGGCAUCCCCAGCACAGGUGGAGCCCUAGUCCCCCACCCACCCUGAGCAGCGGCACUUACUGUGAGCAGCAGGCACUUGUUCUCCUUGAGGGCCCCGAUGCACCCCACAAAGCCAAUGGCCAUGACAAAGGUGCCUGUGACGAUGAGCAGAUUGGCAGCCGACAAGGACGGGAAGGAGGAUGACAGGGUAGCAAAGUUCCCCUGCGUGGCAGCCAGCCAGAUGCCAACGCCCAGAACACCACAGCCUCCCAGCUAGGACAGCACCAGUGGGGGGACAGACACAGGACAGGAUGAGGUGCCCUGCAGGCCUGGGGGAAGAACGGGCCUUCCUGACCCAGCACUGCUCCAGCCCAGCGCAGGAACUGGCUGGCUGGGAGCCCACAGAGAACUGAGGAGCACACUGAACACUGCCCCAAGGCUGGACGAAUCUCAGCCUCCGAGUGGUGGGAACACCCCCCCCCCCCGCCUGCACCCAUUGGUCCCCAGGAGGCCCUGCUCAUGCUCCCACUGCCAGCCAGCACCUAGGCCUGAUGUUUACACACAGCACUUCCUCGACUACAGCCCUGGGCCCCCCAGGGAGCUGCUAAGUCCUGCCUGAGGCUGCUCUCAGGGCUUGCCAGGCCACUCUUCCUUGGAGUCUUGAGCAUCAGGCUGGCUAGUAUGACCUGGCUAUGACUCUGGUCCUCAGACUCCCCCUCACAGGGGCUUCAUAGACCUGGCCGGAGACCUUGGUGCACUCACCCAGGCAUGGCUCUGGAUGGAAAGCCGGGGGAUCCUCCACAGGAGCAGGGCACAUGGUACCAGGUGACACUCUCACUGGAGGGUUGAUCCUCAAGGCCCCAGGGCUAGCUGGGCUCUGCUGGCUCUAGAGACCCUUUAGCAGACCCAGCCCUGCCUUGGCCUGAGCCUCACAGGGGACCCACAGGGGCAGCGUGUCACUGUGCUGAGCAGGUGGGGCAGCUGGGGCUGGAGCUCCCCUUAGUGUUCAGGAUGUCGUCACUCCUAGGAAGCACGAGAGCCUGACCAGUGCUAGCUCUGUCCACACAGCCACUCUAGGUACCAUCCAGGGCCUCAGAGCCCUCAGAUGGAGUGUCAACCACUCCUGGGCUAGUGCACAGCCUCAGGUCUGCCAGGACCCAUGGGGUGACAGACAGGGUCCCACAGGGUCCCACAGGUCACCAGAAACUGUAUAAGUGGCACCCAGUGGAGUCACAAUCAGCUUGCCCAGCUGCCAUGCAAAUACUGCGUCAGAAAGGAAGAAGGGCAGGCAGGGGUCCCCAGCCCCCCAUACCUGUGCAUGGGAAGGCUGACAUCACAGGGAUUCAGGCAGACCUGGAUGACACUCACCCAACCCAUCACACCUCAGGUGGUGAUGUCUGAGCAGAGGAGAGGGGCUGGCGUAACAGGAAAAAAACCACUAAAACUCAGAAUGCUCAUAUGGUCUGCCUCUGCCUUGCUGCCAAGGAUGGCUGGUGGCUGUCAGCAGGAAAGACAGCCACUGUUGUGCCCUGGCCUCUCGGGACCCAGGGGGCAGAGGGAGGACACUGCUGUAUACAGCAGCUGGCACCUGGGGGGAAGGAGGGCUCUUCUGGGGUAGAAGGGAAGGGACCCUCACUGCUACCCUCCAUGAAGGCUCCAGACAGCGGGAAGCCUGUCACUACCAUCACGGCACUGCAUUGGAUACCAUCAGCUUGCACCCUCCCUCCAGGGCACCUCACCCCACCUGCAGUGUCACACGCUGGGUGUACCUUCCCCCAGCCCUAUCCCUGCCCCCCUCAUAGCGCCCUUUCCUGUGCUACACAGGGGCAUGUAAUAAAAUGCACGUUCUUGGAGAGUAAAAUUGCUGUACCUGUAAUUCUGAAAAUGUUUGUGUGUACAGCUUUUAAAACAUUUUGGCAGGAAAAUUAUAGCCUCAAAGUGCUGAGGAAAUGGACUCACUAGACUUGGACCCAUAGGCCUCUCCCGGGCUGGAGAGCUGAGACUGCCAGGUCAGAUGUGGGAACCUAAACCCCACCUAGCAGUGUCCCCCUGUACCUCAGCCCCAGAGGAGCCCCUUUGUGCCUUCUUUAUGCUGCAGAGGCCCUGGCCCCUGCAGCAGUGUCCCAGCAUCUCCUGGUUAAUGUCAGCCCAGAGCAUCUGGCCUGCGCACAGCCCAGCUGCCACCUGCCCACCCUAGACUUAUGCAGUGCCCAGGCCCUUGCUGAGGACAGGAAGGCUUGUGACAGCCCUGGAGGGCUCAGCGGGGUCACCCUGGUACCCAUCCAGCCCUGGCAUGAAAUGGGUGCUCAGGAAUACACCUCUCCAGUGUGCUUCUGCAUCAGCCUGAGGCUGGGUAUCAGGGAUCCAGUGCCCCCUCCACCCUACUAAGAUGAAUACCUGCCACCCCUCUGGCCACACGGCUCAUGGUGGCAGAUGGCCUGGCAGCCAGCCACAUCUCUCGAGUGGAGUAAGGGCUGCGUUCCCACAGGGCCAAGGCCAUGACCAGAAGCCGCUUUCUGCGAGGUGGGCGGAGAUGCUGCUUACCCUGGAGGAGUGUGCCUGUCCACCCCUGAGGCCACCUGAACCCCAGCCAGUCACUCACUGGUCUAUCAGGCCACAGUACAGUGGGCUACUUCCCUGCCAUCCUCAUCAUGGCUGCUGUCACUGGCAGGAGGGAGAGGAUCCCCAAGUGUCCAGCUCUGCCCUGUCCCUCCUGCACCAGGCUGAGGGCUGCUAUCCCACAGGCAUCAGCUCCUCUCCUUCGAAGUGAAAGAGCCCAGGCCACAGGGCCCACCACAGCUCCCAUCAGCUUCGGACAGGCCUAAGACACAGGGCCUUCCUUUAAGAGACGGUGUGGGCACUGAGGCUGCCACUGUGACACCCUGGGGCAGGCUGCAGUGGCCUGUUCCCUCCCAGCAUGGGGGAGGUGACAGGGGUAGGGCUCUGACACAAGUCCUGCUGCCUGAAGUCCAGCAUGGCUGACAUGGGCUGUGGAAUACAAGCUGUGAAGCCUCUACACCUGUUUACCCCAAGGAUACAGGCGGAGAUACUGAGGACUGGGGAAAGGAGGGGCUCCCCUGUGAUCCUCAGUGUCCAGGUGGCUGAAGGCAGGCAGGGCUGCUCCACCAGGCACAGCCACUACUGUGAGGAGCAGCUGAGGCUGCUCUGAGAGCCUGGGCCAGGGCAACAUACCUCGGCAGCCACAGCUACCUCUUGGGCAGCCAGGCUACACACCCAAGCCCGUAGUGCAGCCAGAGAUAGUCUCACCGGGGUUGCUCGGGUGGGGUUGCCCAGUGGGGGAGCAGGGCUCAGCCAACUCCCUCAGCCCUGGGGACCUCAACCUGCAUUGUGGGAAAAGCUCUGCUGGCAGCAAGCCAGCUGAUGAGGCAGCCACGAGGCCUGACUUGGUUCUCUGGAGCCACAUGGCCCCUGCCCCUCCCAUGAUGACAGGGCUGCCAGAAGACCCCCAGCCCAUGCAACAACCCCAGCCUCAGCAGAAGGCUGGCCAGAGCUGAGUUAUCACCCAGCAGGUGCAGCUCCAGGGUAUAACUGAAGCCACCAUGGGGCCCUGUGGGCCCGGUCCCAGUGAGCACAGGAGAGAUGCAUCAGGGUCAGGUCCUAAGGAAUGGGGGCUUGCUGCUCAUUCACCCUUUAAUUAGCCAGAGGGGUGCAGUUCAGGAUAUCACUGUGACAAGGUUAAGAUGGGAGUCACACCACCAGGCCCAUACCACUCUUUCAAAGCACCUUGCCUCAGACCUGCUGGGCGUCAGUGACGGGUGUCAUGCCUGGAUAGUAAAAGGACUAUUUUCUAGCCCAGAUGUCCCUGCAGGCUGUGGGCGCAUCCUCUUCAGGGGCAGCAGGCAAUGAGGCCUGGAGCCCCACCAGGGUGUCUCAGGCAGACACCCUGCCCCAGGACCCCUCGCCAUCCCCUUGCAGGUGCUGUCUGGUCAGGGAGGAGGAGAAGAGGUGUGGCAGGUGCCUGCCGACCCCACAAUGCCAGCCAAGGUUGCCUACCCCACACCUCACCUGCCACCCACCCUCUGAGCUGGCACCUGUCCCUGUAAGCUCCAGGCCUGCUCCCCUGUCACACUGUCACCUGUAGCAUCUCCUGUCUCAUUGCACUGCCUGGGACACUCCACUGAGCUGAAUGGGUGCUGGACAAUACUGUGCUGGUGCUGCCCUGCACAGCCCAGGAAGCUGCCCAGCACCUAGCAGAGCCUACCACACCUGCCCUGCUGCCCUGGCCUUGUCUCAGUCCUCCGGGAACCCUCUUCCCCCCUCCUACAGGGGACCCAGAGAGAGACCUUCUCAGGUCACACCUACAGGCAGCCAAGCUGUGACCCACCCAACCCCCUCGCCACCCGCACAACCAAGACCAGGCAAGAUGAGAAGGCAAGAGGAACCUAGUCUUUGGCAGACCUGGCCUGCAGGACACCCUGCACAAGUGAGCCACGCCCCUCACCCCACCGCGGGAGGAGACAGCAGGCUUUGGAGCAGCAGAGACCCUGUAAUGACCUUGGCUGUUUCUCCCCAAGCCUCCACCAGCGAAAGCCCCAGGCCCAGACCUGGCCCCAGAGGCCUCCUCCCUGUCCAGGCCUAGCUGACCCUGCAGCAGCGCUGUGAGGUGACAACUCUGCCCCCAUCCAGGUGGCAAGGAACUGCUCUCCGCUUGGUGCGAGUCCCACCCCGACACCCACCCACACACACUUUCGAGUGCGCAAACCCCACCGGCACCUGGCCAAAACUGGGGGCGCUCUGCUGCCGCAGGGGGGCCGGGAAAGCCAAGCGCCUCCCCAGCGCAUCGCUACCUGUGCGGACCACCCUUACCCGCGGGAAAACGCCUCCGUGACUCCCCACCGAGUCAGGGGAGUACAGUGGGGUACUGGGGGCAGAGCGCACGUGGGGAGGAGGCAGGAGAUAUGGGGACCUAGGCGGUGACACCCCUCCCUGCGCAGCGCACGUGCACGCCACUCACCCAGAAGAGCAGGUUGAAGGCGAACAUGAGGUACUUGACGCCCUGUAGGCAGCCGCGCGCCAUGCUGCAGCGCUUCAGCUCUAGGAGAAAGAUGAAGGACAGGUCCAGGUAGAAGACCACAUACUUGCUGCCCCGGGGCGCCGAGUAGCGCGCCUGGGCCGUCCGAGGUCCAGGCCCCGCGUGCAGCCCGAAGAAGACGCCGCCUGCGUCCGCGCGUCCACGCGGGCUGCUACCGCGCCGGAAAGGGCCCGGGCCCUUGCCCUCGGGCGACGGGCUGCGCCGGUACGCGGACUCGUCCGUGCUCGAGCGGCGCAUGGCGCGGGGCCGGGCCGUCACCGCCGCGCGCCUGCCGCCCCAGGACGCCCCAUCCCUGCCUGGCCGCAAGUGCACCCGGCCGGUUCCACCCGGCCCGGCCCCGCGGUGCGGCGGGGACGAGGCCCGCUCGGACCCGCACAAGUCCGCUUCCCUGCGCCCCGCAACGCGGUCCAAUCCCGCGCCGCCCCGCCCCUUCAGCCAACCAAUCGCAGCGAGCCCGGCCCCGCCCCUGCGUCUCGCCGCGGAGGAGAAAGGCGGUGAGACCCUGCAGCUCUGCCUGAACAUCCAUCCCACGACCCCAACACGCCGGAGCGCUGAGCAAAGUCAGCGGCGACCCAACUGGUAAGGCUGGCAAUUUGGGGCAGCUCCCUGCCUCAGGCAUCUGGGGAGCCCAGGAUGCCCGGGAAGUGGUGGUGUUCGGACACACGAGCCAGAAGGGAAUCUAAAGAACCCCCGACGGCGUAGGGUACUCUGGUGGCCUGUUCUGUCUCCCAGGGCCGGGGUGGAGCGCCAGUGACUGCCGUUUCAGACUCUGUUGGAACCAUUUCCAGAUGUCUGAAAUUUCAGAAUUAAGAGGUGCAAAUUUCAUCUGCACCCACCCGUUAGCCUGAAAGACUGCGCUGUGGGUGCACGUAUACCAACCGAUCACAAAGCAAAGAUGGGACUGAUGUCCUGGGCUGGGCCCUACAGCUCUCCCAAGGGCGCAGCCCAGACACCUCACUACCACCCCUACCCCGAAAGCAGGCAAUCAGCAUGGAGCCAGGGCGCCCGUUGACCUGCUACCUGGAGCACUGGAAUGGGAGCCAUAACUGCAAGGGACACGCCAGGCCGCGCCUAUUCUGGACCGAGGCCCACUGAUGCCCACCUAUGGAGGGAAGGAGGUGUGGCCAGGCUGGCCGGCUCCGCAGGUCUCUGGAAGGGCCACAACUAGCCAUCAGUGCCUGGGAGGGGAACUGGGAUGUACCAAUUGAUCCCCCAACACACCCUGGAAUGCGGGUUCCAGACGCCAGCCCUCAUCUGCCCUCUGGGGCGAUAGUAGGUAACUGCAGCCCAGGCCCUAAGGCCGACUCCAGGGUUCCAAUACUUGGGUGGGGGCAGGAGGGGUUUCCUAAGGUCUUCGGCCUGUUGCUCCCAUUAGGGAACACGGACAGAAAAGGGACAGUGCUGGAACUGUGCAGCAAAAGCCAGGCAGGGGAGCAGAAAGCCCUACCCACAGACUGCCAGGAAGCAGUAGCAGCAGAUGAAACCAGAACCUUGGGGUCCUCCAGCAGCCCCUGGCCCCAUUUAACUGCCCCAUGUCCAAGCAGAGCAUGGACACAGGCUGAUCCAGGGCCAAGUGUGCAGGCCAGCACAAGCAUCUAAACACUACUGCAGCAGUGCACCACACGUGCUGACCUGCUUGCAUGGAGCACCAGCAGGCCACCCCCAGCUGGCCCUGCAGCCCACAGCCAGCUCAACUCACCAUGGGAUGGCUGGACCCCAGGCUGCCCAUCUGGCCCCACAAAAGCCAACUAGGGGUGUGGGGCAAGGAGCAGGGGCUACAAGGUAAGAGUGGGUCCUGCUAUCCAGGCAGCAGUCCCAAGCCCUACCUCUCCAAACCCCAUAUAGCUGGACCAGAUGGGCAGUCACAGUGGUGUUGGACAGCACCAUGAGGGCCCCCUCCCCCAGUGCCAAGGCCAAGGGUGAGCGCAGUUGGGAGCCUGUCUGAGUUCUGGUCCUAAGUUUACGGCCCAGGGUGCCCACCCUGUGCCCCUCCCUUGCAUGCCACCUCCAUGGGCAGAGGCCAACUUGGCAUUAGGGCCCAUGGGCCAAGCAGCUAAAGAUGUCCAGGUCCACAGGGAGGCUGCAGACUGGGCAAGGGUGCAGGGCCCUGGCAUCAGUGCCUAUAUGGGAUUGUCAGCCCCAGGGACUGUCCCUGAAGCCCAGCCCUCUCUUACAGGACCCCCCUCAGGAGACAGGCUCAGAGACUGUGUCUGUCCCAGCACCUAAGAAGUGUCCACAGGCAGACAGGCAGCCACAGGGCCAGGACAGGCCGGUCACAUCCUACCUACCCAGGCAGGACAUUCCUGGGUGAGCCCAGGCCUGGGGUGGGGUGCUGGAGAACAAUCAGCACAGCCAUGGUGGCUUGUGCCCUGCAGGAAAGACUGCAGAAUGCAGGCCGCCCUAAUAUGACAGAAAGGUUCCUAGGGACCAGAGGCCAGAGCCCAGGAAACCCUACCCCUGGGCUGGGCUGUGCCACACAAUGGGGCCAGACUUGCAGCCAGUGGCUCAGCCUGGCAACUUCCUCAAACCCCAAGCACAUGCACACUCUUGGAACACUAUGCUUCAACAUGUGUUCACAUACAGCCAUGGAGACACAGUGCAGGACACUGGCCUGCACACCCACAGCUAGCACUGCCCACUUCUCUCACUGCACCCCAACCUCCUCAGCUGAGCAGACAGUUGCCCCUCAGAGGCACACCCCACCCCUAGCCAGCCAACAAUGUCCCAGGGCGAACACCCACCUACCAAGGCCCCAAAGGAGGACACCUUCAGCUGUGGGAUUGGAGUGUGAGCUGCAAGGAGACCACGGCCAGACCCACAGCACUUAGGCAGCCCACACUGGCACCCAGGCAGAGCUGGCUCUGAGCAGGCAGGGAGGGUAAAGCUGACUCAGACAGGCUGCAGUCCAUUGUCCUGCUGUACAUCCUGCCUUGCUAGCCCGGGUGUCCACCUUGCCCCACCCCAGGGCAGGGGCACAGCAAUACAUAGGGAGUGCAGCUCACACAGCCUGGGUAAGGCCAUCUGAUCUGCCUAACUCAGGGAAGGACAGGAAGGGGGAAACACACACACACACACACACACACACACACACACACACACACACACACGUGGAUCCUCUCUUCCUCUGGGCCCUCCUGAGCCUGGCUCAGCACCUCCGCCACUUCCUCAAGCAGGCUUCUGCUGCUAGAGCUGCACUCCAAGCCCCUCCAUGGUCAGCAGGGCAGGCCCAUCCGGCAUACCCCCACAUCUGGGCAGGCCCCAGCUCCCAAAGGACCCUGUGCGCAGCAUUCACUCGCAUGGCAGCUUUCAGACAGCAAUGGAUGCCUCCGGGUAAACAUGCCAACCCAGCCAGCCAGAGGGUGCAGAUGUGGGGCUGAGACUGAGGUCCUCACAAGGAAAGGUACUAUUUCCACCAGAGCACUACAGACAAGAAAACUUAGGCUGUGACCCAAAAAUCAGAGUGUGAGGUCCGAGGCACCCCAGCCUAGUGCCCUGCCCUGCCCGGCUGUUUCCAGAGCGACACCCUGGCAAGAGGGGCUCAGUGGUAGGUUUUCCCCUGGUCCCUGGCAGGAACUGGAGCAGGAGAGUGGUGACCGAAUGUGGGCACAUGGGCAAGCGUCCCCUCCUCAUGCCACAACCCUUCUCCUGGAAGCAGAGCCCACCAGCCCCAGGGUCCCUCAAAAGAAUGGAACUCAAGGCCUAUACCCCAGCUGCCUCCUUUCCCGCUGCUGUACCUCAGGAACCGCCCCGAUCCCAACCUGGUCUGGCACCAGAUACCCACAGAUGUGGCUGCACCAGCCUAGGUGGAGAAGGGCAGCAGGACCCUCAUGUCCACCCAGGCCUGAGUGUGGACGGCACUCCCACGGCCCAGGAGCAGCUCGCGGCUGGUCGGCCUGCGGAUCCAGAGCCUGGAGGGACAGAGGGUCAAGCCCGCCCCAUCGGCUCACACUCGGAAUUCCAGGAAUGUCCCUCAGCCAGGCCCCACUUCCCGGCCCUCCCAGGGUAAACAACUCGUCCGGGCGAGAGGCAGGGUGGUCAGGCCCCGCCCUUCCGCCAGGUCCCCCGAGUCCCCACCCAUCCCCAGCUGACCCGGGGCGCCCUCGUGCCUUCACCUUGCUGCGCAGCCGAGUCUGACUCGGACCCCGCUGCACCGGGCCCCGCUGCCCCCUCGCCCAGGCAGGAUGUGCGUCCACUCGGCCUGGGGCGCGGAGAAGGGAAGUGGCCUCUGCGCGUGGCUCCGCACGUGCCCGCAGUAGGGGAUGGCAGAGCCGCGGGGGCGGGGUGCGAACGUCAUAUGCCCCCACCAAGGCCGAGUUCUGAGUCUCCUGGGACCCAGACAGCAGCGCCCCGGUCCGGGACCCAAGUGCACCUCCUCCUUCCCGUCUCCGGCUCUCCCUUAAUCCCCUGUUAGCACCCUGUCCCCCAGGUCCUUGGCGGCCUGUAUCCCCGGAGGCAGGCGGUCCUGUCGCUCCCAGCGGUAUUGCGGGCACAGCCUCCCGAACCAGAACAGGUUCGCUGCGAUUCCUCCAAGUACGCCUCCUCCAAGCCGCCUGCCCAGACCACCCACCUUGCCGAGGCGAGAGUUGGUUCUUGCUUUUGGCUCCCCUACUCGCGCCCCUCCAGCCCCUACCCGGAAAGGGCGGCCGGAAAGCCGCCGUCGGGGACCGGUCACCGCGGCCGAUGUCCUGCGGCGUUCCAGGGGUGCCCGAGAUGAAGCGGCCGAGUCCCCGAGGGCCGCGGGCAGAGCUCUAGGCUGGACCCCUCUGCCAUGGCCGCGCGACCCAGGCAACCUCCCACCCCGUCCCUGCCACUUGUUGCCGCCGUUCUGCUGGAGUCACGUACACGGCCCUCGAACUCGUGCAUUUGUCUUUCGCUCCGGUGGCGGUGGGAUUCCGCUCGGCCCACGGGACCUCUGCCCACCGGUGCCGUACCUGCGCACGCAAACCCGCUUCCGCAGCUAAAUUGUCAGUCAAGCGAGCACGAGAAACGCGAAUCGGUGCUACAUC